GAAUUGAACUCCAACUGCGGGCCGACCACAGGAAAGUAUAGCCUGUCGAAGCGUGGCUUAUAUUCCGCUGGCAUAACCGAUACCAUAGCCGAGUUUUGGGAGAAAACUUGAUCUCACACGAACGGUAUCUGACUCAUCGGCUGCGAUUUGAACCCCUCCAUCAUGCCUACCAUUUCGGUCGACAAGGCCGCGCUUUUCAAGGAGCUCGGCAGAGAAUAUACCACUGAGGAAUUCGAUGAACUGUGCUUCGAGUUCGGCAUUGAGCUCGACGAAGAUACAACGAAUUCGGACCGUCCGAUUGUCGAUGGCGUGCAGGAACCACCCCAACUCAAAAUUGAAAUCCCCGCCAACCGAUAUGACUUGCUGUGUUUCGAGGGAAUUGCCCUCAUGCUCAACAUAUUCCUGGGACGGAAACCUCUUCCUAAAUACAGAUUGGUUGAGCCCCCAAGCGGAGAGCUCCAAAAGAUCAUUGUGAAGGAGGACACUUCGAAGAUCAGACCCUUGGUGUCGGGCGCCAUCCUCCGAAAUGUCACCUUUGAUAAGGCUCGUUACGAAUCUUUCAUCGCUCUGCAAGACAAACUCCACCAGAAUUUGGCGAGGCAAAGGACACUCGUCUCCAUUGGUACUCAUGACUUGGACACUAUCAAGGGCCCGUUCAGCUAUGAGGCUCUGCCGCCUAAAGACAUUCGCUUUGUGCCUCUUAACCAAACAAAGGAGAUGGACGGAGAGGAGCUCAUGGCCUUCUACGAUAAAGACAAGCAUCUAGGCAGAUAUCUCCACAUCAUCCGCGAUUCCCCGGUUUACCCAGUCAUCUACGACGCCAACAGAACCGUCUGCUCUCUCCCCCCAAUUAUCAACGGAGAGCACUCGAAGAUUACGCUAAACACUAAGAAUGUUUUUAUUGAGAUUACAGCGCUCGAUAAGACAAAAGUGGAAAUUGUGAACAAAAUCAUGGUUUCGAUGUUCUCGCAGUACACAUCCGAGCCCUUCACGGUUGAGCCUGUCCAGAUUAUCUCUGAGCACAACAACGAGACGAGAGUCACUCCUGACAUUGCACCUCGAACUACACAGGCCGAAGUCUCGUAUAUCAACCAGUGUUGUGGCUUGCAGCUCUCUGCGGAGGAGAUUUGUAGACUCCUGACGAAGAUGGCAUAUGAAGCGACACCGUCUAGUACUUCUCCUGACUUAAUCGACGUUCACAUUCCCCCAACACGUGCAGAUAUCCUUCAUCAAGCAGAUAUCAUGGAGGAUGUUGCGAUUGCCUACGGCUUUAACAAUCUCCCCCGGUCCUUCCCAAGCAAGUCAGGCACGGUUGCUCAGCCGUUACCGAUCAACAAGCUUUCCGACAUCAUUCGCACAGAGGCCGCAAUGGCGGGUUGGUCCGAGGUGCUGCCUCUGAUCUUGUGCUCCCAUGACGAGAACUUUGCCUGGCUUAACCGCAAGGACGACGGCAACACAGCCGUCAAGCUGGCGAACCCCAAGACACAGGAGUUCCAGGUCGUGCGCACAAGUCUUCUUCCCGGUCUUUUGAAGACUAUCCGCGAGAACAAGUCUCACUCAGUGCCCAUGAAGAUCUUCGAGGUCAGCGAUGUCGCCUUCAAGGAUCUAUCGAUGGAGCGUAAGAGUCGAAACGAAAGACACUUUGCUGCCGCAUGGUACAGCAAAACUAGCGGCUUCGAGGUCGUACACGGUUUGCUUGACCGCAUCAUGUCAAUGCUGAAGUCCGCUUUCAUCAUCGGCGAAGAGGGCCUGGAGAACGCCGCAGUCAAGGACUCGCAGUACUGGAUCGAAGAGCUGGACGACCCAACUUAUUUCCACGGUCACUCGGCCUCUAUCCACGUUCGCAUUGCCGGCAAAGACCACACCAUCGGUACUUUUGGUAUUCUGCAUCCCACUGUGCUGGAGAACUACGGUCUGAAAUACCCCGUCAGCACGCUUGAAAUCAAUAUCGAAACAUUCCUAUGAGAUUAUGGGUUUGAAGACUCAAUCUGCGGGAAAUGGUGAUUUAGACUUGCAUAGAUAGCAUACACCUUAUCUCAUGGCACUCAAUAUUCUAUGAUGUUUGGUUUGAUCUGACCUUAGCUUGAGUAAAGAGGAAUGAAUAAAAAAGGU